CACAAUCCCAGCCUUCCACGUGUACUUCACUGUCCCCGAUUAAAGCUCCCUCUCUCGCAACGCAAAAUCUGUGUUUGUUGAGUACAUUUUACUGGUUUGCUUUAGCUUUGGUUGUAACGAGUGGGAAUGGGAGACUCAGUGAGUGGUGGUGGUGGUAGUAGAUUUCUGAACCCGUGGGUUCUUCAUUUCCAGAAGAUGGGUCUCGAGCUCAAGUGCCCUCUCUGCUUAAGCCUGCUCGACAGACCAAUGUUACUCCCCUGCAAUCACAUUUUCUGCAAUUCCUGCAUACCCAUUUCAACACAGCUUAAAUCAGAGUGUCUCGUCUGUAAAGCGCAUUAUUUCAACCAAGAUUCAAGGCCUGCGCCUUACUUGGAAAAUCUGGUAACAAUCUACAGGGGUUUGGAAGCUACUUUCAGCGCCAAUUUCUUUCAGCAUGUUUCUUCUGGUUCUGGGAGGAUUUUGGAGCAAUGCCAGACUUUGCGGAAGGAAGCAUUUGAAACUAUCCAAGGGGAUAAAUCAUGCAGUGGACAGUCCAUCUUCUCAUUAUCAGCUAAUAAGCGAGUUCAGGUUCCAUUGAAUUUGAAUCGUUCUGUUGAAGAUGGGGUCAGCAAGAAUGAUGAAUAUGAGAAACACAGCAUGCCAACAGAUGGUAAAGAUGGUAAAGGUGGUAGGGGAGGAGACAAACUUAAUCAUGUAGUGAGUAGUAAUCUGUCAUCACUGAAUUUGCCUGCGGGACCUGGGUGGCUUGAAGAGCCUAAUGUUGUGGAAAUAGAGAUGAAUCAGGUGGCACAGUCAUUGCCGAAUACCCCUCCUUCGAUUGGUGAUGCUAAGGGUUCAGAUGGUGACAGCCAUGAUCAGGGCAAUGAGCAUAGUCCAAACAAUUAUUUGACCAAGAGAGCAAUCACCAAAGAUUCUGAAGAUAAGAUUAGGCAGUUGGGGCAUGACGGUUCUGCCUCCGAAACCGAAGGUGGUCAUUUGAGGAGCAUCAAGAGGCAAAAGAAAUUUGACUAUGGCACAUCAGAGUUGAGCAUGAAAGCAGACGGUUGUAUUCCACCACUUGUUUCACUUUCUGAAAUCUUACCAACUCCCAGUUCUGAAUUUGAGGUCGCAUCUAGGGUGCCUUGUGCUGCUGCACAGCAGCCUGUAAUAUCAGAUGCCUCAUUUGUGCAUAAAAGCAUUUGUGCCUUUUGCCAGUCCCCUGAGAUUUCAGAGCAUACUGGCCCAAUGUUGCAUUAUGCUAAUGGGAAAAUGGUAGUAGGAGAUGAGGCCACACUUUCAAAUGUCAUACAUGUUCACAGACUUUGCGUUGAUUGGGCACCACAAGUAUAUUUUGAUAAUGAAACUAUUAAGAAUUUGAAGGCGGAAGUGGCAAGGGGUGCAAAGCUCAAGUGCAGCAGAUGUGGACAAAAGGGAGCUGCCCUUGGCUGUUAUGCAAAAUCCUGCCGGAGAAGUUAUCACCUUCCCUGUGCAGGACAAGUAUCAAAUUGUCGCUGGGACCAUGAAAAGUUUCUUAUGCUCUGUCCUACUCAUUCUUCUUUCAAGUUUCCAAAUGAGAGGUCCAGAGGCCCUCAGCAGUCCAAACUUUGGGCAGCUCCAAAGAGAGCCAAAAAAUGGGUUAUAUGUGGAUCUGCUCUAUCUUCUAAAGAGAAGGUUCUUGUGAUCGAGUUUGCAAGCAUGUGUGGUGCAACUGUGACCAAGUACUGGGAACCAAAUGUCACGCAUGUUAUUGCAGCCACGGAUGCACAAGGUGCAUGCACCAGGACGCUGAAAGUUCUUAUGGCCAUUUUGAAUGGGAGAUGGGUUCUUAACAUUGAUUGGAUAAAAGCUUGCAUGGAAGCUAUGCAUCCUGUGGACGAAGUACCCUAUGAAGUUUGUCUUGACAACCAUGGGUGUUCUGAUGGCCCCAAAACUGGCAGGCUUAUGGCUUCAAAUAAUGCACCAAAGCUCUUCGAUGGGUUCAAAUUCUAUUUUUCUGGUGAUUUUGUCCCCGAAUACAAGGACGAUCUCCAAACCUUGGUUGUAACUGCUGGAGGUACUGUUUUGAAAAGUAAAGAAGAAUUGCCAUCACAAAGCUGUGAAGAGGAAGCUCUGGUGAGGGUGCUAAUUGUCUACAACCUUGAUUCCCCACAAGGCUGCAAGGUAGGAGAAGAAGUUGAUAUUCUUUGGAAUAGAUUGAGUGAAGCGCAGGAUGUAGCCUCAGAUAUUGGAUCCCAAGUUAUUGGUCACACUUGGCUUGUGGAAUCAAUUGCUGCAUGUAAAUUGCAGCCUCUUGUCAGCUGAGAAAGCUUUUGUGAUCCAAUAUUUUGUUAUUUUCAGUCCAGGAUAAUAAUCUGUUUAUCACGCUUGCUUAAGGCUCACAUGUAUAUAGUUAGGUUAUAAAAUUAGACAGAGCUCUGUAUUUUUGCUUUGGACAAAUUGCUCUGUUUCAGACUUUUGUUUUACUGAUAAAGCAUUUGUGAUGCA